CGAUUACCCAUAUCAAUCGGCAACCGCUCAUCACCAAUGAGCGUUUUUAUCAACAAGCGCACGUUGUUUUCGUAUUGAUAAUUUCAAUUGCAGUUCACAAAUUCAAUAAACAACUAUGGGUAAAUCCGAUACAGAAGAAGUCGCUAAGGACAAAUUGCGCUUGAUGAAAUGCAAGUUCAAUCCGCUUUCUCGCUGCGACGGCUCAGUGAUGUACAGCCAAGGUGCUACAGUGGUCAUCGCUGCUGUGAUGGGGCCUAUUGAGGUGAAGACGCAGAGUCUAAGCAUCGAGUGUAGCUACUUGGAGUGCAAUUAUCGUCCCAAGGCCGGCUUGCCGCAGGUGAAAGAACGCAUACGUGAGGCGGCCAUUCGAGAUGUGUUGGAACUUGCGCUACUAAGCGAGAUAUAUCCUCGCUCAAAGAUGUCUGUACAGAUUCAGGAACUAGAGGAUCGUGGCAGCAUAGACGCAUGUGCUUUAAAUGCAGCUUGCCUAUCAAUGUUGAUUGGCGGCUUGCCUUUGAAAUACAGCUUUGCUGCGGUGCACUGUAUUAUAAAUGAGGAGGGAGAGUUUAUCGUGGACCCAGAACUGAGUGAAACAGUGCAUCAACAAGCCAGCUUCACAUUCGCUUUUGACUCGGUCGAUGGAAAUUUAUUAUUGGUGCAAACAAAGGGUUCCUUCAAGAUUGCUCAAUUCAAUGAUAUCGAAUGUAUUUGUCGAGCCGCCAGUGCGGACAUAUUUGCCUUCUAUCGUAGUAAUAUUGGCAAAUACCACGGCAGAAGUGAUGAUGUACUGUCAGUGACGAGUAAGGAAGCCACCAUGGAAAUGUGAUGUACAAAGAUUAGGUUUCAAUAAAGUAAUUAAAUCAUUUUUA